AUGACGCAGCCGGUGGUGAAAACGUGCCUGAAUUGUCGGACCGAUUUGGAAUCGACGAACAACGGCACCCAAUGUAUAAAGUGUCAGAAGAACGAGCAGAAAUAUGGAAAACCAACGACGUGCAAAUUCUGCCAAUUGAACGCCGCGUUUCUCGAGCGAAAAUGUGUGUGGUGCUCGUAUUCGGAACGGAAAUAUGGGCCGCCCGUUCAGUGCGCCAGCUGCAAACUCAUAUGCGCAUCGCAAAAGUCCGAAAAAGCCAAGAGAUCGAAUGCGAAGGUAUUAUGCCGAUUAUGUGUGAUGCAGGCGAGAAAGAACAAUCAGACGGUGAUGGCGGGCGUGCCGGUGCCGCCGGAGAAGGACGAAUCGCAUCGAAGCGGCGGCCAUCGUCAGCAUUCGUCGGCGAGCGGCAGCGCGUCGCGUCGACACCGCAAACGCGAUCGUGUCGGCGGCGUCGCGACGUCGUCGGCCGACGAGCUGCCGUCGAAGCAUCAACGCGCCGGCGAGUUGUCAUCGUCGUCGGCGGCUGCCGAAUCGAUGGCCGAACGCGAGAACGAGCUCAAAAUUCAGAAGCUCAACGAUGAGAUCAGUCGGCUGACGUCGGUGAUUCAGACGAAAGACGCGCAACUCAUGGAGAAGGACAAAAUUAUUAAUAAUCUGAAAGCGGAGAAUUACAAUCAAGAGAAGAAGCACCGCGAGCGGGUUCAGCAACUAAUCAAAGAGAAAGAGGAGAGCAUUCGAAUGAUUGAGAAUAUUCGCGCCGGCAGAAAAGAGAAAAAGGCCGACAAGCCGAUAUUGAAGGAGAAGCCGGCGUCGACGACAGCGUCAAACUAG